ACCAGCAACGUCUCCGUCCGGUCCCCCAAAUUAGUUCAGGCUCGAUCGGCAACUUGGAGUGAGGUAGCCGUCCAUCGAUCGACAAGUGUGUGUAUUGGUACUACAAUAGCAGAUCGCCUGCUUGAUCGUCCGUCCCCACAGCUCGACCAUGGUGUGGAGGGAGAGCUUCCUGGACCUGAUCCUCAUCCCGCUCAGCCUGCUCCUCCCCAUGCUCUACCGCGCCGUCCGCCGCCACCCCCUCUCCACCGCCUUUGGCAUCUAUUCCACCAGCCGCCGCGUCUGGAUCUCCGGCAUGAUGAAGGACAACGACGAUAAGAAGGGCGUGCUGGUGGUGCAGUCCUUCCGGAACGUGAUCAUGGGGUCCACGCUCAUGGCCACCACGGCGGUGCUCUUCUGCACGGGCAUCGCCGCCGUGCUCAGCAGCACCUACGCCAUCAAGAAACCUUUGAGCGACGCCGUCUUCGGCGCACACGGAGAGUACAUGAUGGCGCUCAAGUACGUGGCGAUGCUGCUGCUCUUCCUCUUCGCCUUCCUCUGCCACUCCCUCACCAUCUGCUUCCUCAACCAAGCAAGCUUCCUCAUCAACACUUCCUCGCUCUCCGGCGGCGGGGGCAACCUCGUCACGGGCGACUUGGUCGCCGAGAUCCUCGAGCGAGGGUUCACGCUCAACUUCGUCGGCAACAGACUCUUCUAUGCCGGGGUGCCGCUGCUGCUCUGGAUCUUCGGCCCGCUGCUGGCCUUCCUCUCGUCCCUUGUCAUGAUCCCGAUACUCUACAACCUCGACGUUGUCAACGUUUCCACCGGCGCCGGCGGCAAAGGAGAACAUAGCAGCGGCUGCGUCAAUGCCAAUAAGAAGGCCGAGAACAACGGGAACGGAUGCAUGCAUGUGUAAAAUCAACCGAGCCAACAAGCUAGCAAGUGCGGUUCGAUUAGCGGAGGAGGAAAUUAAAGGUGUUUUCAUCAGUUAUUUGAUCCGUCCCUCCUAACAUUUUUAUAGCAAAAGUCUUUUUUUUUUUUGAUAAAACAGUUUUCUACUUACUCCAUCCAUAAAUGGAUGCCUCAAAUUUAUCAAAAUUUGGAUUAUCUAAACCUGAUUUAGUAUAAUCAUACAUCCAGAUUUUGAUAAAGUUAAGAAAUACUUUUAUAGAGAGAGGAAGUACUUUGUUUUUGUAGAACAAUUCUUGUACAUUCAAGCAUGGGCCGCGACCAGCAGGGACCAUUUCAUUGCACUAUAGUUAAACACUCUUAUUUGAGUUUUUUUUUUUUUUUUUUUUUUUUUGCGGGAUAAGCAAUCUUCUUUGAACUGGGAGGCCCACGGUUCACAGGCGCGGCUGCCCUGGUGCACAAUGAGUCUCAGCCUGGUCCAUCCAUCCUAGUAGAUCCCAGUACGUGUGGUGUAAGCUAGACCUAUUGAAUGCACACUGGAAAAAAUAAUGCUACUUGUGGAAUUAUUUUGUGAAAGCUGAUGUGAGGGUCAGUGCAAUUUGAUAUGUGAACUUAUACGUGUUUGUUAACAAUUUA